AUGCCCCGUCAUGCUAUCGACACUUCUCACGCUGUUAUCAUCAUUAACGUCCCUUCAUAUCUGAACCUGCAGGGGGAUUUUGGCCCACCGGGUCUUCCAGGGCCCCUCGGCCUCCCAGGAGCAGGAAUACAGGGCGAGAAGGGCGUUGAAGGACCAAGGGGGCCACCAGGUGGCAGAGGCCAACAAGGAGAGGGCUUUCCUGGAUCCAAGGGGGACCAAGGUUUGCCGGGCGAGGUUGGCGCCCCAGGAGAGAGAGGGGCUGGAGACGCUGGAGCUAAGGGUGAGCCAGGGUCAACGGGGCUGUCUGGUUUGCCGGGUCUGCCGGGGGAGGACGGAGGCCCUGGACAGAAGGGUGAGCCAGGACCUGUAGGUUUCAGGGGGUCAGAGGGGGCACCUGGAAUCGGCACCCAGGGUGAAAAGGGCGACCAAGGCCAAAGAGGAAUAAGGGGCUUGACGGGUCCACAUGGCAUUGCCGGACCUUCCGGACCAAAGGGAGAACCAGGAACACAAGGAAGGGGGGGUUUACCCGGUCCACCGGGCCGCUUCGUCUCCGGGCCCAAGGGGGAUCUUGGCCCAAGUGGUCUUCCUGGUCCGAUUGGCGAGACUGGCUACGGACUUCCUGGUCCAAAGGGGGACCGUGGAGAUUCAGGCCCAGCAGGUCCAUUCGGUCCCAAAGGAGACGGCUAUCCCGGCCCCUUGGGCCCUCCUGGUCUGCCUGGACUUUCAGGAGAACCCGGCCAGGAAGGACUGGGCAUCCCCGGACCGAAGGGGGAUGUUGGUUUCCGAGGGUUGCCUGGUUUACCGGGACCUCCGGGCGAAGGCCUCCAAGGACCUCUGGGUAACCCUGGGCGGCCUGGCUCUCCAGGGCCAACAGGGCCACCAGGACAAGGAGUCCAAGGACCAAAGGGUGAACAGGGGUCCCAGGGCGUGACAGGGCCCAGGGGGAUUCCUGGAGAAGGCUUUGCUGGAUCUAAAGGGGACCGCGGCUCGGCAGGGGAGAGGGGGCUGAAGGGAAUCAAAGGAGAAUUGGGAGAUUCUGGAACCUCGGGGGACCCUGGCCGACCUGGUGUCAAAGGUGAAGCGGGCCUCACUAGAGAGGACAUCAUACGGAUAAUCAAAGAGAUCUGCGGAUGUGGGAUCAAGUGUAAGGAGAGGCCCAUGGAGCUGGUGUUCGUCAUUGACAGCUCAGAGAGCGUGGGCCCAGAGAACUUUGAGAUCAUCAAGAACUUUGUCAACGCGCUGGUGGACCGAGUCACGGUGGGGCGCAACGCCACCCGUAUUGGCCUGGUGCUGUACAGCCUGGAGGUGAAGCUGGUGUUCAACCUGGCCCGCUACGUCACCAAACAGGACAUCAAGCAGGCCAUCAGGAACAUCCCAUACAUGGGAGAGGGCACCUACACCGGCACGGCCAUCCGUAAAGCCACCCAGGAGGCCUUCUACAGCUCGCGUGUGGGGGUCAGCAAAGUGGCCAUCGUGAUUACCGACGGGCAGACGGACAAGCGGGAGCCCGUGAAGCUGGACAUAGCUGUACGAGAAGCACACGCCACCAACAUUGAGAUGUUUGCUCUGGGGAUCGUGAACACCUCAGACCCAACGCAGGCCGAGUUCAUGAGAGAGCUCAAUCUCAUCGCCUCUGACCCGGACAGCGAGCACAUGCUCCUCAUUGAUGACUUCAACACCCUGCCAGCGCUGGAAUCCAAGCUGGUCAGCCAGUUCUGUGAGGACGAGAACGGAGCCCUGAUAUAUAACAGAAUAACCAACGGCAACAAGAAUGGCAACUAUGCCGCCGGUGGCUAUGGGUACCGGCAGGCGACGGAGCAGGAAGUACUGAGCGGCCGUCAGUCCGGCACCAACACUGGCGCCAGCACUCACAGCCACGGAGGCCGGGUAGAGACCACCCAGCAUGGCAGCAAAGGAUCCAGCACUGGACAUGGAGGAGCAGGGAGCGUGUUCACAGAGACACGCGGGGACACAUUUCACCGCAACACCUCAGUCAUCAGAACUCCUGCCAGAGAGGACUCUUCUAGUACGCGAGGCUCCUCCUCCUCAUCGUCAUCAUCGUCUUCUUCUACAAAAAUUACCGCAUCAUCCUCAGGUGUCUCCAUACAGCAUGAGCCUGCACGGAGGCCAGCUCUCCCCAAAGAGACUGUACACUUGGACCCCCGCUGCGGCCUGAUCCUGGACCAGGGCACGUGUCGGGACUAUAACAUCCGCUGGUACUACGACAAGCAGGCCAACGCCUGCGCCCAGUUCUGGUACGGAGGCUGCAACGGCAACAGGAACCGCUACGACACAGAGGAGGAGUGCAAGAGGACGUGUGUGAUCGCCUGAUCCACCGGAGGCCAAGUGAAGGCAUCUGCCUCACAUCUGCUAUAAAUACUUCAAGGAGGGGCAGCUAAUACCAGCCAUUUUUCCACAGGGUUAUGUCAA